UUUAUUUGUUCUAAGAGCACUCCAUUAAAAUUUUCAUUCGAGAAGUGUGGUUCUUAAAGUUCUUGUGAAAGAUCGAGAACCACUGACGAAUAUUUAUCAAUUGAUUAAUUCCAGUUUUGGACGGUAAAUUUUGGGCAUUCACGGAAUACUACAGCCCCGUAUUUCUUUCUUUGGACAUUGUGUUAUUUGUCCACGUCUAGUAAACAUUUUCAUAAGAAAAAUGCUACUUUCGUUGGGCAUUCUGUUGUGCACAGGCGUAUUGUGUAGCGAACCUUCAUCCACCUCGACAAGGACAAGUUAUGCGCGCGGUGAUUCGUACGGUUGUUCGGAAAAGUUUUUUCGACAUAAUUGCUGGAAAUAUUGCACAGGAAGCAGUGGAAAAUGGUGUUAUACGGUUAAGGAUAGUAGUAAUCAUUGCACAUCCGACAAUGAUUGCCGCUGGUCGUCAGCUUGUCAGGGAUGGUGUGCUUGGAAUUCACAGAGUGGAUGCUCGAAGGCUUGCCACGAAGAAGUUAUAAAACCACAAGAACAAAGUAUGCCACCGUGUCGACGGGGUCGACCAUGGUGGGAAUGUCAAUCAAGUUAUGGAGGCGGUUGGCGAAGCGGAUUAUCAACCGGAGGAAAGUGGAUCAGCCCCGAUGUUCCGAAUGAUCUUGUUAUGAAUGCCACGGCGAAUUCUAUAGUAUUCAACGGCAACUCAGCGACUGCAACCAAGUCUACUGCUAGCGUUCCACAAAGUGCUCUUUGGUAUCCAAUGGGUCAAAUUAAAGUCACAUCCACCACACUUUAUUGGACAUUCGCUAUUCGCGAAACAGCAACAUCUUCAGCUACAUCAAGCGUUGCCAUUGGAUUGUCAGAUUUAAAUAAACUUGCACCAGGAUGGGGAGUGAAGGGAUUAUUUUACAACGGUCCUAAUCUAUCCGACGGUUCCGUUCUAUUGAUGGACAAUUUUGGCCCAAAGAUAAAAAACGGCGAUAAAUGUUCCAUUUUGGUGAAAUUAAUCGAAAGCAGAAUGAAGGUGUACAUCAUAUUGAACGGCAAAUCUCUCGGGUUGGCCUUCGAUGUUCCCGAAGACACUUUAGAUGGAAUUUACCCUGUGGUUAAAUUCAAUGGUGAAGGAAUUGCAGUAGAGAUUGAAGAGAGCAGAAUUUCCGAUGCACCCACCGAACUCGAGCCAGUUAAACCACUUAUUAUGGAAGGAAAUUGGACUCUUCAUUCACUGAGACAAGCAGCCGUGCUCACUAAGCCCAAUGUCACGAUGAAAAUAUCAGAGAUAUAUGAUCGCGUUCAUGAACGGGCAUACCGAAUUCGCAUCCAUGCUGUCAAUAAAUUCAUGGGAAAACUGAUGGAAAAGUCAAAGUCAAAUUGGGCUGGAGAAAUUAUGGAUAAAACUGCCAAGCAAGGGACUGCUUCAGAAAUGGAACUUGAAACCGACAUUUCUAAGCAUAUUUCAGCAAUUCGGAAUGUUGUACUCGAUACCGUGAAAAAUGAAUUAAGAUUGGAGUCGGCGGGUUCAACAUCAGUCUGGAAACAAAUUGAAUCCAGGCGAACGACCGUCAAUUUUAAUCCGUUUAAAAAGGUCAAGAAUUAAUUAUUUGAAGAAUUUUUUGUUUGUUUUUCGAUCAUUUCCCGACAAUGCAAAAUAAAUGUUUUGAUUAUGCAG